CGCACCGCAGAGAGCGAGAGCAAAUCACCAGCCUCCACGCCGCCUCUGCGCUGCGCGAGCAGCGCACCACCACCGGCGUUCCCUCGUUGCUAAGGCUGCGCGGGCCCUCGGCCCAUUAGGGCUCCCGGGCUUUAAAAGGGUACGGGCGGAAUAAAACCGAAGUGGCAGGGGUUUGGACUGGGGCAGGCAAUUUCCGUUCAGUUUCCGGGGUUUUCCUCUGCUCCGCCGUCUCCGCCACCGCCGGCCGCCGCGACCUCGAUUCCCCCCGGCUCCGGCGCGCGCAGGGGGCGAUCUGAGGCGCACCUUCCCGUCAGGCGGGGGAGGGAUUCACUUCCGCCCCGACCUCCACGGAUCCUCCCCCGACUGGUCCCCCCAUGGUCGUCUCCCCGGACGCCCGCCGAUCCGCGGCCGGGGCGCGCCGCUGAGGCAAUCGGGACCGAUCCGCGCGGGCCUGCAAUGCCCUCAGUGACGCCCGGCUCCAGAAACCCCUCCCCUGAUCAUCGGCCCGCCGACUCCCCUUCCUCCUUCCAUGGGUGAUCACCGCGAAUUCCCCGCCUUGGCGCCGGGCCACUGCCUGCCCAAGACGUCGUCGAUGAGCGUGACGGACUCGGUCACUGCCGUCCACGACUUCCGGGUCACGGGCUACUCGCUGCUCGACGGCAUGGGCGUCGGCCGCUUCGUCAGCUCCAGCACCUUCACCGUCGGCGGCCUCGACUGGGCCGUCAGGUUCUACCCGGACGGCUCCACCGCCAACUGCCUCGGCAACGCCUCCGCCUUCCUCUACUACUGCAGCCGCGACAAGGACGUCAGGGCCAGGUUCACCCUCAACCUCAUGGAGAACGACGGCCGCCUGUCCCAGGUAACCAACUCCUACAUGAAGCACACAUUCUCUCCGGCGAGUGACAAUUGGGGCUUCAUCAAGUUCAUCGAGAAGUCCAAGAUCCAGGGCUCGCCGUUCCUCGAGAACGACUGCCUCACCAUCAGGUGCCUGCUCACCGUCACCAAAGAGUCCCGCACCCAAGACGUCGAGACCAAUUCGAUCGUGGUUCCGCCGUCGAAUCUGCACCAGGAUUUCGGGAACAUGCUGCAUGAUGGAGAAGGCGCGGAUGUCACGUUUACCGUGUGCGGCCAGUUGUUCCAUGCUCACAGGUGUGUUUUGGCAUUCCGCUCCCCUGUCUUCAGAGCAGAGCUCUUUGGCCCGCUGAGAGAAAAUGCCACAGAGUGCAUCAAGAUAGAUGACAUGGAGCCUAUGAUAUUCGAGGCGCUUCUUCACUUCAUCUACACAGACACCCUGCCUGAUAACUGCAAAGAUGGAAAGGCUGCGGCUAUGCAGCACAUGCUCGUUGCCGCGGAUCGGUACGGCGUCGACAGGCUAAGGCUGCUGUGUGAAAGGAAGUUGAGCGAUGCAAUUGAUGUGGAAACAGUAUCAACCACCCUGGCUUUAGCAGAGCAACACCACUGCUCGCAGCUGCGAGGAGCCUGCAUCAGAUUCAUGGCCUCGCCGGACAUGCUUGGCCCUGUCAUGUUAACCGACGGAUUCAAGCAUCUGGUAGCUAGCUGCCCGCUGAUUUUGAAGGAGGUAUUGGACGAGGUGUCCCGCAUUUGGCGCGACAAGUCUUCUUAGAAGUAGAAUAAGAUGACACCUUAUCAUGGACUGAUAGGCGGUACUGUUUUACUCUGGUUCAGAAAUCUUACAUCUGUAUGUCGCAGUUAUAUCUCUUCUGUGUAAGCCUUUAAAAUUUGCAUUUUUGUAUAUACACAUUACAUGACAGAAUGACCCAAUGGCAACCUGUAGUGCUAAGUGUUAAUGACAAAUCUGUAGGUUUGGGCA